AUGGAAAAUAAUAUCUAUAAUGAAAAUGAUUAUAUUAAUGAUAGUAAUAAUAUAGAUGAUUAUAUGAAUAGUUUAAAUCAAAUGUCUGAAAAAUUUAUAGAUGAUAUUCAAUUAUUUACUGAUAUAAAUAGUGAAGAAACAAUUCUAACACUUAUAGAU